CUCUCAGGUUACAAGGUCAAAAUGACUAUUGUUCUUAGUUGAUACUAUUCUUCUCUUUCCUUAUCCUAGCAAUACUGUGACCCAAGAGACAGUAUCGAAGCAUGCGUUGGCUGCGGUGUUCUCUAGAGGCCCAAUAAUCGUUCAAAACGCCGAAGCAUCUCGUCGGUGUUUAGUGAAGAUGAGACUCGCGUCCUCUCGAAUAUUUGCCAGUGUGUUUAGCCGAUCCGCAUCGAAUAGAGAGUAUCGCGUUCUAUCAAGUCACGAGCAUCAUGAACAUCAAACUGUGUCUGCCAAAAGCACCGCAUUGCGGCGAUUUUCACUGUUAGUAUGCCAAGGUGCGGUAUGGCGGGCGUUGGGCCUGGUGGUUCUCACCAUCAGCCUCUUCUUGUCCGCUCUGUCUGCUUCUGCACAACUCCGAUAUGGCACCUCUUCAUCGAAUAAGGCACCGCCCUCGGGUGUCCUGCUGCGAGAAGCCCUAGAAGCCUUCAACUCCGUCGCCGCAAAAGAUGCAGGUGGCGAGCGACAGCUGCGAAUCUUCAUGCCCGCUGAUUCGCCUCACAUCAACUUAUGUAAAAGCAUCAUGUCCGCAGUCGCUCUAGGCUAUCCUCUGCCUACGUUGCUCAACUGGGACGGCGAAUUUAACCGCCCGGAGUGGCACUUUGCAGGAAGCCACAUCGCAAAACUCGAGAGCCUUCUCGCCGUGAUUGAGGAAACGCUAGGCGGAGCCCAAGUUGACGGGGGCGCCGACGACGAUGACCUAGCAGUUCUUGUUGAUGCGUAUGAUAUAUGGUUCCAGCUACCCCCUUCAGUACUCAUCCAGCGAUACCAUCAGCUCAACAACGAGGCCAACGAGCGGCUACGCAAACAGUGGCAAGCAGCACAAAAAGAUUCACCUUCUGCCUUUCCAGUAUCACCCCCAAAACAAUCCAUCAUAGUCACCACUGCCAAGGACUGCCAGCCAGACAGCGAAUCCGGCUCGGACCCUCAUUACGACCACUGGCCGCAGUCCCCCAUGCCAAGAGAUCUAUACGGAGAGGGCACCGACCAAGUCCUGCCUCUCCUCUUCGACCCAGCCCGCAAAUACAAAAAGAUCCGGCCCCGUUGCAUCAACAGCGGCAUGAUCAUGGGCACCAUGCGCUCCCUCCGCCAGGUCCUCAGGCGCUGCAAGCGCAAAAUCGAGACCGUCGCCCGCAGCGGCCGCCAGCUCUGGAGCGAUCAGGCCUUGCUUGGCGAAGUCAUUGGCGACCAGGAGAUGUGGCGCGAGUGGAUGCGAGAAUUGGGCGGCUCGUGGGACGGCAGCGGCGCAAAGUACGACUUGUCGACUCUUAGCCCUGAAGUUCGGGACAUUGCGGCAAAGGCCCUCGUAGGUGAGCAGUUUGAGUUUGGUAUUGGACUGGAUUACAAUUUUACGACUAUCCCAGCUACAUGUUCUGCAGAGGAAGAUGGUUACUUUGUCAAACUCGAUGACAAGAAGGCUGUGAAAGAACAAUCUCUGAAAGCUGGCGUGCCCAACGGCGCUCGCAUAAGCGGCACCCCAAAGGAAUUGGAACUCGAAAAUCCCGUUGAAAGCCUUCUUUCCAAAGUCUCAUGGGGUGAAGUUCCUCUCUACACCGACUUCUUUUUCGGCGUCGCCCCCGUGGGAAUCCACCACAACGCAUACAUCAACGGCCUCAAAUCUUGGCGACUAAACAACUGGUGGUCCAUGAUGUGGUUCUAUCCCCGGUUGCGAGAGCUCGUUUCUGCACAUCUACAACCACCCCAGAACGAUGAUGACGCAAGACCGCUUCUGAACAUAACUUCGCAAAAAGAUGGUGACGAGAACCUGGUUUACUGGCCACCGAGGGCGCAACGUCAGGACAAGCAAGUAACAGUGUUUGAGUUAGCAAAGGAGGAGCACCCGGCUAGGCUUGUUCCUAUAGAUUGGGACGGCGUUUGCCAAAAAGGAAGCAAGCCGUGGCAUGAGACGCUGUUUGGGGAUGGAAAAGGGCCAUUAGAAACACGACGAUCCUGAGAAUUUAUGACCGCUGUGCAGCCGAGGUUGUUAUUCUAUAGUUUAGGAUAAGAUGAUAGUCUUGACAACUUUAGCACUUGGAUGAGAUUGAAUGAUACCCUUUGAUACUUGGUCUGUUUCAUAGCAUAGCUUAGGAUUUAUAACUAUUGAUGAAAUAUCCUAUUCACGC